UUUUACUAAUAACGAAAGUAAACAUAAAAUAUUACUUUUUUUAUAAAAAAAAUUAUUAUUAAAAUGGCAACACUGUGGCGGUGCGUGAGAGGUGGGGUGAAGAUGGAGUCGAGAGAAAUUUUGAAAGCUGUAAAGUUCUCGGCCGUUAAACACAGGAGACAAUUGAGGAAAGACGAAGUAACACCCUACAUUAAUCACCCUAUAGAUGUUGCUUACAUCCUGACGGAAGAGGCUGGAAUUACCGAUUCCGACGUUAUACAGGCUGCUCUACUUCAUGAUACUGUUGAAGACACUGACACUACUUUCAAAGAGUUAGAAGAAGUUUUUGGUCCCAAAAUAACAUCAAUUGUGGUAGAGGUGACAGACGACAAGACACUUCCAAAGGCAGUUAGAAAACAGGCACAAAUAGACACUGCUGCUGGUCUCAGUCACGAGGCCAAACUGGUAAAGUUAGCUGACAAGCUAAGCAACCUGCGAGAUUUAGAGAGGGCCACUCCUGUUGGAUGGAAUGAAAAGAGAGUUCAGGAAUAUUUCAUGUGGGCUUCUAAAGUGGUGGAAGGACUAAAGGGGACCAAUGAAAGACUAGAAAUGCUUCUCAAUAAAUGUUUUCAAUUAAGAGGAAUUGAUUCUUCCUAAUAUUAAAUUUUGGUAAAGAGAAAUAUAUAAAAAUAUUUCUGUUUGUACAAAAUAUUAAAUUGUUAUAAAUAAGA